AUGAAAGAUUUUCCUUUUUCUUUUCAAAAAGUAGGUUUAGACAUAGCAAAAAUAUUUGGUAAUAAUUAUCUUAUAAUAAUCCACUAUUAUUCCAAAUGGUUAGAAGUAUUAAAAUUAAAAGACAAAUCAAGUCAGUCAGUUAUUGAAUUAUUAAAAGUUGUGUUUAGUAGGUUUGGAAUUCCCAAACAAGUAGUUGCUGAUAAUAAUCCUUGUGGCUCACAAGACUUAAUAACAUUUGCCACACAGUGGCAAUUUGAGGUAAUAUUGUCUAGUCCAUACUAUGCAAAAAGUAAUGGCUUGGCAAGGAAAGCAGUAGGGAUAGCGAAAGGGAUGAUUACCAAAGCUAGAUAUGAGAAAAAAGAUUUCAAUUUAUUUUUACUCAAUUAUAGAAAUACUCCGGUGGCAGGUUUGGAAUACUCAUCUGCAUAA